UAAUAUAGUUGUGCUUAAAAUUGUUUCCUCCAGCUAAAAUCAAAUAAAAGGUUAACCGGUUUAGCAACAGUCAUGGCUAUUCUAUCUGUAUUUUCGAAAACUAAAUUAAAUAAUUAUCCAAUUACUAACAGCACCACAAAAAAGUUCUUGAGAAAAUUGAUAACUUUAGCCUUUUAGCACACUGCUCCACGCAGAACAUGUUAAUCCCGCUAAAUAUUUUGUUUACUGUAUUCCUCAAAACUUAAACGUUUUAAAACGUUUUCAAAUUCAUAAUGGAUUUAGAAAAUAAUAACAAUACAGUGUUGCCUGAAUGCAAAAAGGAACACGUUGAUAAUAAACGUUCAGCAUCCGUCGAAGAGAACAACGCUGCAUAUAUCAAAAGAUUGAAAGUAGGCUACAAUGAUACAAAAGUGGAGGACGCACAUGUGACUGAGGAUAACAAAAAAGCACCGACACAGAGCCCGAAAAAGCGUAUACAACUGAAUAAUAGCAAGCCUAAGGUCAAUAAAAAUGAAGCAUUUACAUACGGCAACUAUAGGCAUUAUUAUGGCAAGCGUAUUCUGGACACGGACUUCCAUGACAUACGCCUGGAUAUGCUUGCCAUGCAGCCGGAGUUAUUUCGUGGCAAACAGUUGCUCGACAUUGGCUGCAAUUCCGGUCACUUCUCUCUGGAAAUAGCUAAAAAGUUUGAGGCAAAGAGUCUGGUUGGCCUGGACAUCGAUCGCACACUAACAAACGAGGCCCAAUUGGCUGUCAAUCUGCUUAAACGUUGCAGUAAUAUUUCUGCAACAACGGCUGCUGGAAAAUUUCCAUACAAUGUGAAAUUUGUACAUGGCAACUACGUGCUAGCGGACGAUGUGCUGCUUGAAAUCGAGCGACCACAAUUCGAUGUUAUACUCUGCCUCUCAGUCACUAAGUGGAUACACCUCAAUUUUUGUGAUGCGGGCUUGAAGCAAGCCUUUCGACGGAUGUACCUGCAGCUGCAUCCAGGUGGCAAGCUGAUACUAGAACCCCAGUCAUUCGAUAGCUAUAAACGACGGAAAAAACUGACUGAGAACAUAAGGAAGAACUACAAUGCCAUUCAAUUCAAGCCAGAUCAGUUUAGCGACUAUCUACUCAGCCAAGAUGUUGGCUUUGCCGACAUGCAGCUGAUGGGCGUACCAGCUCACUGCCAAGCGGGCUUCAAGCGUCCCAUACUGAUAUUUAGCAAAGUCUAAUCUAGUCUUUAGUAUUUAAGGAAGAUGUUAAAACACUAUAAUAUUGAAUAUUC